UUCCCGGCCUCUCCUCCUCACUCCCCAGCCGCCUAUUUCACCACUCCCCCUCUCGCCGGCGCCGCCGCCCAAUCCGCCCCACCACUCGCCACCGCCGCCCCUGCCAACUGCAGUGCCGAUGCGCUGCUGGUAGAUGAAUGUGGAGUGCCUUCACUCUCCGCACGCUCCAUCGUAAUGGCAGACCACCAGCAGCAGCAGCAGCAGCCCCCGUCGUCCGCCUGCACCAACUGCGGCACCGAGCGCGCCGUCGUCUACUGCACCGCCCACGGCGCCCGGCUCUGCCUCGAGUGCGACGGCGCCGUGCACGGCGUCAACCAGGUCACGUCCCUCCACCCGCGCGCCCCGAUCUGCGACGCCUGCGGCGUCGCCCACGCCGCGAUCCGCUGCCAGAUGGCCGGCAACCGGUCCGCGCUCUGCGGCGCCUGCGCCGACCGCCUGGCCGCGCCGGACGGCGCCCCCAUCGUGGAGGAGUACACCGGGUGCCCCUCGCCCGCCGAGAUGCUCCGCAUCCUCUCCGUCGAGGCCCCCUCGUCGCAGGAGGACUUCGACGCCUGGCUCGCCGAGAAGCUGCCCGAAAUCAUGCAGGAGGUUCAGGAUGGACCUCAGAUAUGCGAUGCCAGUGGAACAACAACAACAAUAGUAGGAGAUCAAAGAGGCACCAGCAGCAGCAGCUUCGGCUGUGAUGAUUGGAGCAAUGCCUGCUCAACUUCUGGGCUUGAGAAUACUAAUGGAGUAUUUGUUGGAAAUCACUCAGCUGGGCCUUCACUCCCUUUUGAGCAACAGCAGCACCUGCCACCAUCGAUCUGCCAAUUCCUCUCAUCAUCAUACUCAUGUUAUAAUCCAUCCUCCUCAUCAUGCCAGCCGGUCAUGACAUCGACUACUCUUCUCCAAUCCAUGGGAGGCAACGAUCACCAUCCGUCUUAUCUCCUCGAUGGCUUCCCUACUUUCUGCCCUUCCAUGCCCCUAAUGUCGCCACCGCCACCACCGGAGAACGGCACCAGCUGUCAUGACGCCAACCAGCCAUCGCAGAUGCUGGCCACGGAUGAGCAAGCGGCGGCGGCUCAUCACCAGCAAGAUCCAAGCACCAUUGCUAAGAAGCGAGAGGAAAGGGACAGGGCCAAGCAAAGGUACAACGAGAAGAAGAAGAAUAGAAAGUUCUGCAAGCAGAUCAUGUAUGCCUCCCGCAAAGCGAGGGCAGACACGCGGAAGCGGGUCAAGGGCAGAUUCGCAAAGGCUAGCAAUGAACACCAACACAUACUACACUCAGAUGCAGGAUAAAUUCACGAGCGAUUAGGUCGAUUUUUUCGUUCUUUUUCUCUUUUUUCCAUUCGUUUUACAUAUAGACAGUGCAUAUAUACACAAAAAAGCAAACAUUUUUUGUAGUUACAUCUUCAUUUUUGUCGAUGUAAAAUAAUAUCUCAAUAUUACAGUCGAUCAUGCCUAGGUAGACCACUCUUCUCCACACCACACAAAUACAUUAUACAUAGCUCUAAAUUUGUGGAGAAGGCUGUUGCACCUUAGAUCUUAGCCCUUUUCUCAGUUUUUUUUUGGCAUUUCUUCUUUCCUUUUUGAUAGUUUUGUGCUCAUUCUUUUUACAUAGAUAGUUUUGGGACACAUUCUUCUUAGGGAGGUACUUAUAGGAACUGGUACCAAGGUGUAAUAAUUCAGCCCUUGUCUAUGUGUACAUUCAUUAUUCUAUCUUUGGCCUGAAUAAAUAGAAUAAUGGAUUUUCAUGUGUUUGUCAAUACUAUCUGAUUUUGGUGAAUGUAUUCUCUGAAAGUACUGUUUCUUGAAAAAGAGAGACAAAUGACUCACCUAAAAGUACUGCAGUCUCUAUUACUAUCAAUCGAUUUUGUUAUUUUGCCCAGAACUCCACAAAUGUCAUUUCGAUCUGAAAUUUUGCAGGCAAUUAGAACAUUCAUCAAGGUUCAUCACAAAAAAAUCAGUUUUUUUUUACUAUUUUUUUCGAUUUUACUGUUCAUGCAGGAGCAUAUGAGCUCGGGAUCAAAAGAGCACUUUUGCUCUUCUCUAUACUACUUAACAAUAACCUAAGGUUUUAUCUUUCACUUGGUUUUCGCCCCACCACCCCUUCGUCCAACCUCCAACCCCCCAUUGAUUUUUCCUGGUUUUUCAUCCCUGCUGGUUUUCAUCAAACCAAUAUUUGAUAAACCAAUAAACCAAAUCAAUCUAUGGUAUGGCAAUAAAUUCACGGUCAGUAAAUAAAUUGUUUCUUAUGGUAAAACCUGGUACAUGCUAGACAUCUUUGGUAACCCAAUAAAUUAUAAAAUAAAUGUUAAUAAAUCUCUUAUAUUUGAUAACCCAAUAAAGCAGAAUAAUCAUGGACACAUACCUAUUUUAUCAGUUUAAGAAGUAGCUGGAAAAAUCUAUAUUUUAUAACCAAAACCUAAUCUUAUUUUCUCUAUUUGCUUUGCAUCGAGAUUUGUCCCAUAUGGUCCUCUUUUUAUGUCGAUAAAUACUUGCCCCCCAUGGCAACGCAUGGGCACAUACCUAGUGCGAAACAAACAAACAUAUAUGAAUUUAUCUUUUCACAAAUGUUUGUAUUCUAAAGGUUUAAGAGAACUAAAGAAACAAAAUAGGGGGAAAAUAUACUCAUUUUUUAUUUGUUAUAAAGAAGGCAAUUUUUGUGUGUAAUUGUGGCCAUUUUUCUUGCUAUUUUAAAAUUGUGUUCCAUAAGAUGAAAUUGGGUCAACAUUUAUGACCCAGAACAAAAAAUAAUAUUGGCCAUAAAGUAUUUGCUGGA